ACUGUUCACCGCACCGCAUAUGUCAGUGCGGUGUAUUUACGCAAUCCGCUGAUAUUAAACAGAAAAUUAGAUGCUUCCGCACUCUUUACUAAAGAUGGGUAAAGCAAUGUCCGUUGUCGGACGCCAGGUGCAACGAUUUAACGUGGAAAACCGGGCCCAGAAAGUGAUAUCGCAAACGAAACCCAAACCGGCACCAAAGUACGAAUCCAAUCUGCGUGAUCUGGAGCGUGUGCUGAGAGAGCAUCCAGACGUUGUGGCCGAACAGAGCCGUAAGAAUGAACUAUUAGACGAAAAUUUGCGCCAAGUGUACGUUACCUCGAAAGAUGUCGCGAUUGACGCUAAAGCUGCCCCAACGCAGGAUCCCGAUAAACCACUUCCGAUAAAUCGCUCCACCGUAGAUGAGUACGAGUUUGGUCAUCUAGAACCGCGCACGGUAACGAAAGGUCGUUGCACAUUGCGACAAGCGGUGCAGUUUAUUGCAAACCACCAGACCGAUCCACAGCAGUGGACCGCAGCGAAGAUAGCAGAGUAUUACAACAUGAAGGAAACGCUAGUCAUAAACAUACUCGACCACUUUAAAUCGUUCGAGGUGCAUUUACCCGACAAGAAUCUCGAACGGCGCCGGGUACUAACACGAGCAACAAUGGAAGCUCCGAAGCAGAUUGAGUAGAAAAUAGAAUUGUUCAAAAAAGGCAACUCGCAUUCGUUUUCACAAUACAAUGGGUCCCUCCGAAAAUUGUGAACACAGGUGGUAAUCGGUGUUAGUUUUACCCUCUUAAAAAUAUAGACAUUUAUUGAAAUUUAUCACAGAAUACAUAUUUUUGGUAUGACGAAAAUUAUGGCUCAAUGCAGUAGUAGUAAUAGUGGUAGAUAAGUAGAUGAAGAGACGCAAGAGAAAAAAAAA